CAAAUACAAGGAAUUCUACGCGAAAACAAUAUAACAGACGAAGAUGUUGAAUACUGGUUUCAAAGAAAAGCGAAAGUUAAAGACGUUGUAUUGAGCGUUAGUCUGUCUGUCUGGCGGAAGUCUUUGGACCCACGAUUUCCGUCAAGUCGCGUGGACGCUGUUAUCUUUGCACACAAUAAAAAUCAUUCCAUCGCCAUAGAAAUUCAGAACCAUUUUCAAAAGAUUUUGUUCCAACUUGAACCAAAAAUUGAAAUUUUCUCGAAAGAGUCGUGGACACCCGUCGACAAUGGUUCCAUGCAUUUUAAAACCAACGACGGUAAAGAGGUAUCGGCUUCUUUAGGGUUUUUGGUGGUGACCCCAGAGUUUUGCACGGAGGAAUGGGGAACACUGGCCGGACAACCGUUCUUUCAAAGAGCCAUGUAUGACAAAGACGUAACCAUUGUCCCCGUUUUAGUGAAUAACCCGCGUCAUAUGAAAGAAAAAAUCCCGCUCAGAAUCAAAUGCUUGAGGUCCGUUGACUUUUACAACAAAGAUGACAUUAUUUCUCAGAAAACAGAAGACACCUUUUUAAAACCAGCGAUUAAAAACAGAGUGAACAAAGAGAAGGAAGAGCUAAGAAAUCACAUCUAUUGGUUGUACUGGAACGUCAUUGCCAACUUACCGGAAAUUAAGGAGUACCACUAUCCAUGGUCAUACCCUCAACACAAGAGAUCUAGAAUGCCUUCACAGGAUGAUUCGGAUUAUUACUCACAUAGCACCUACCAAUCAUACAGCCAACAAUCCUCUUCACCGAACGGAAAGGGAGACCAAACCACUGGACAGGGCUUAAAUAGUGAUUCUGCUUACGGCAGCGAUGAGCGCAACAGCCAGUGGCCAGAGUCUACAGGUUCGGCGCCAUGUGAAGAUGAAGACAAGACAAGUCUCCACUCCAACCAGUCAGCAAACGAUAUGAAUGACCUCCCACACGCGCCAUCUCUAAACCUUCGAUCUUUGAGGGAGUCAAUGUCAACGGUGAAAUCACAAAAACACAAGACCCAUUCACCAUUACACAGAGAUAUUGGUGAACAGCGAUCGUCAAAUGGAACAUCAUCAUCUCAGGACGAAACGGACGUCAAGAGGCAUUUUUCCCACACCACUAAACCUAAUACACCUAAAACAACAACGUCAUGCUCAAAUUCGGAUUUCAGUAUCCAAAACUCAACAAAAUCAAACGCUUUAUUCAAUACAAAGCCAUCAUUAGAACAUCGCUUGCCAGUUGCAGUGGAGGUUGAAUGCAACAAUCUUUUAACUUUAUCAUCGCACAACUCAAACAAAAACAUUCCAUCAACAGAUAUUCAUGAUGCAUCAGAAGUUCCAAACUCAAAUCUAAGCUCCAGAUGAUCGUCAAUUGACCACAGAAAUAGAAGCAACAGGAGAGAAACAACACAAACCGAAUUCAAACAGUCACCCACACCUCAACCGAUCAAUGUCAGUAACACGCUUUGGAACUCUCAUUCGAUAACUAGGUCGAGUGAUUCUUCGCAUACGGACGGGUCAGUAACAGACUCUAAGAACAUCCACCGGCCUGCAUAUAACUAUGGUCAUCCACAACCCCAGCUUCUACACUUGCAAAUUGACAAAUUACCAUCCGUAGAUUUAACUUCUCGUUAUAUGUCGACUUCAGAACCGCCAUUAAACAAUUCUGCGAUGAGCAGACGAUCAGUAAGCAUUAGCUUUCAACCUCCGCCAAAUUCUCAUGAGAUUUCUAUAGACUCAUUUCCAUCAGAAAUAGAACAGACAACUACAUCCUUCAAGACCGCUCCUUUUCCCGUCCGUGACAUCACACAUUACUUUCGACCGUCAGGAGACUGUGUUGUUGCUCCGUCGUCGGGAUAUUGGGAUUCACGAAGAGAUGCAUCGGUGA